UGCAGCUAUUCAACUAGUCUCUAGGCAAUAGAGUCUCCCUGAGGAGGGUUACUCUUACUCUCCAACUGGGAAAGUGGUGCGCCUAGGGUAUUUGAACCCACCCAUGGAGAAGUUUCCAGUAGAAGAAAAGGAUGUCAAGUGGAGCAACAUACUGGUGUUACACAUGCAGGCAGCCAAUCAGGAUUGCUGGGAGGGAUGCCAUUUGCCCUUACUGCAAUGAAGACUUCUUGCAAGAACUUAAUGACGUGCAAGGAGUAGUGGAGCAAAGAGGUUCUGAACCAAGAAAUGGGUUCAGAGAUGCUGUUGAUAACUUCAUGAGGCAGAUAAUGGGUGGAAGAUACAUAAACUUUGGUAUUAGGAUUGGGAGGUCUGGUUCUACCCAACUUCCUGAACGGACUUGGAGUGUGUUUAUAUUUCCUAGACAAGAGUCUAGUGCUGAUCUGGAAGAAUCCUCUUAUCAACACGCUACAGAUUACCAGUUUGGUGCGUCACAAUCUUCAAUUAAUGCAGUGCCAACUAUUAAGAUCACGCGUGAACACCUCAACUUUGAUUCACUGUGUCCAGUUUGUAUAGAAAGAUUUGAAGUGGGUUCUGAGGCCAGGAAGAUGCCAUGUGACCACAUUUAUCACUCAGGCUGUAUUGUUCCAUGGUUAGUUCGCCAUAACUCUUGUCCUGUUUGCCGUAGAAAGCUGCCUCCUGAAAGACAUUCUAGUUCUCGUGGUACUCAAAUUUGGGGAAGAAAUAAUGCCAAUGGUAAUAGUGACAAUGCUAUCUCUAGGGGCUGGGAGAAUAGACAACAGAACAAUGGAUGGAGAAAUCUACUAUCAUUUUUUACUUUUUGUAGCCAUUCUGUUCUUCUAAUUCAGAUACUCAAUCGUUUAUGCUGAGACUGGGGAUACUACUCUUCUACAACUCUUUGACCGGAACACUGUCAGGAAUUAACCGAGUUUCAUUUUGUCCCCUGGACAAAGGUAAUUGACUGUCAAAUAAUGCUUUUGUGAUCUAAAUGACAUGAAGUUUGUGCAGGUUGUGCUUUGAACUUAAUCCCACAUAGAUACUAGAUCCUACAAGUAUGUGAAAAAUGUUUGUAAAUACAAUAUUAUUAUUGGAAGCAAUUUUUAUUUUGCAUUUUCCUUA